UCAUAUAUGUAUUGGUUAAUAUGUGAGAUAUCUUAGCAAAAUUAAGUGAGCGUAUAGCCUUGGAUAUAGUGUAUCCUGCUGGUGAAAAUGAAAGAAUUACCUCUGCCCACAUAUAGUAUAUAUAACGAUUUUCGUUAUUCUAUUAAACUUUAUGCCGAAUUUAUGGGUAAAUUUUAUAUGUUUAUAAGUUUCUUCAAUAAAUUGCGAAAGUAUGAAAUGUUCGGUUGCACCCGAACUUAGCCUUUCCUUACUUGUUUCAUUUAUAUUUGUAUAUUUUCUGAGUAUUUGUUGGGGCGUUCUUAUUUGUUGCUAGCCUCUGUUGACUGUCGUUCUCUGCUGUUUUUGUUGUUUGUAAGAUCGGCUUAGGCUCAGUUGGUCGCUGUGAUAAGUCAUCUUUCUCACCGUUGCCUUGUUUGUUGGUAAGAGCGGGUUUUGCAGGCUCGACAAAGCUAAAGUAGGCAUUCAGAGAAGGAAAGUAAUUGCCCUUAUACUUUUGUUUAUUAUUUACCCCUCACUAAUUGUUAUUUUAUUAUUUUUAUUGUUUGUAAACUGUUUUUUGUGAUUUUUUUAUGUUUUGAUUAUCAUCUGCGGUGUAAUUGCCUAACGCUUGCAUUAAUGCACUUUUUAUACUCUCGCAACAAUAUUUUCUAAAGAGAGUAUAUACAUAUAUCAAAAUGUUCAGGAUGUCGAGUAAAUUUCAAAUCCGGAUGUCUGUCCGUCCGUCCGUGCAAGUUGUAACUUGAAUAAAAAUUGGGAUAUCUUGAUGAAACUUUGAAGACGUAUUUCUUGGCACCAUAAGAAGGAGAAGUUCAAUGAUGGGAGUAAUCGGACCACUGCCACGCCCACAAACCGAAAACAUUUAAAGAGCUAUAACUAAUAUACUACCAUCUACAUGCCCAAUAUGUGAGUCAAAUUUUUUGUUAUAUUAAUAAAUUUAAAUAAAUAAAUUGCGAGAGUAUAAAAUGUUCGGUAACAUCCGAACUUAGCCCUUCCUUACUUGUUUAUUUUUUAAGUUAUAUGAUAAGUCCUGAUUCGUUUCUCGAGCAAGUUCCACACAUACCCAAUCGGAUUCAGAUCAGUACUCUGUGGCAGUGUUUCUGGCAAACGUAGAAGAUUGUAUGCCAUGUACAUCCUAGUAUUAUGAGAUAUGUGUUUGUGGUCGUUAUCUUGUCGUCGUCAUGACUAAUCUGGUGUGGAUUGAGUUUUACUGGAAAUAAAAUCCUUCAGACACGCCCAGUUUUUCUACGCUUGGCAUCAGAUUUCGCUUCAAAGUCUGUAUGCACGCACAUUGGUUCAUAACUUCUUCUAUUAUUUAAUGCUAACGACACUAGCGGUCAUACAACCCUGUACCAUCACUCCAGCACCUACUUGUUUCACUGUUUUAGUUGUAUUUUUAGAGUUGUAUGCUUGUCCCGGUUUAUUCAAUACUUUAAUUCAUUAUAUACUAUAUAAAAAUAAGUCGGGUUUUCCUACCUGACGCUAUACCUCCAGAACGCACGAUCCGAUUUCCACGGUUUUGCAUUCGUUGGAAAGGACUCGGGCUCCGUGAGGUUUAUAGCAAAGAAAAUUUGGUAAAAAUUUCAACAGAAAAGCGGGAAAAUCUUUUUUUACAGACAGUGCCAUCUCUGAUACAUAGCAUGUACUAUAAACCAAUAUUCGUUUCCUAAGAUUUCAAUUAGAAACCAUCUAAUCAAUCACGUGUAUUGUGCAAAUUUCCAUUCAAUUUCAACAGCAGGCAUUUGUCUUUAAGGUGGUAAGUUGAGGUGUGUAAAUUAUGUGGAUCGUGCAUUUGAGGUUAAAUUCACCACUCUGUCCAUAGUCCAAAAUUCCUAGAUGACGACGAGCAAACAUCGGCCGCCGCACAAAACAUGCAAGCCAGCAACAAGUGUAUUCCCAGAACUUAAGCGAAGAAAGACAAAAUAUAAUAAGAGAAAAUGCCCGAUUGAGACAACGCGUGAGGACACGAAGAUCAUUGGCAUCAUACAAUAGCUUGGCAUUACAAUAUGGUCCCACUGCGAACUACAGUAACGCUGAAAAUUUAGAUAUUGUACCAAUGACGAAUAUAUGCCGAUAUUGCAAUGCGUUAAAGUUCAAAAGAGAAACGGCUGGAUUGUGCUGCGCAAGUGGAAAAGUUAAACUGGAUCCAUUACUUAUACUACCACAGCCACUGAAACCAUUGUUCGAUGGAAGUGAUCCCGAUUCCAGCCAAUUUCUUCAACAUAUCCUUGAAUACAAUAACUGCUUUCGCAUGACUUCCUUUGGAGCUAAUAUCAUUCGAGAAGGCGGCUUCAUGCCGACUUGCAAGGAAAAAGAUACAACACAUAUAACCAAUCACUCACACCAACACAAUGAAUUGCAACACAUAACAACUACAUAUACACCACACACUACACCAUCACACGAUCAGAAGUUACACCAUAUUCUUCAAAAAAUGAUUGUUUGCAAUUACAGAUUCAAAGACAAAUAUAUCAUUUGCAUGGUUCAAUGGUGCCAACACCAGAUGAACCGCAUCAAUUUCUACAAAUAUAUUUCAUUUCGUCGAUGGUGGAUCAGCUGAAUGUGUGGUGCAAUAUACAGGGAACAGUUAAAGAUACGAAUUAUUGAACAGUUGCAUUUUUUCACGCUAAUAAUGCUGUGGUUAAUAAGUUCAAAAUAGCAUUGGAACGAAUGCCAUCGGAUACGUACAAAUUUGUCAUAAGAACGGAUUGUACCCCAACAGGUGAACAUGUGCGAAGAUUCAAUGCACCCACCGUUAAUGAUGUUGCUGCAAUUAUUGCUGGCGAUCCAACUAAGUCGCGAGACAUUGUCGUUCAGCGAAGGAACAAUAUCAUGCAUCGUGUAAACGAGACACAUCGUUUGUACGAUACAAUAUCCGAUCAUUUAUUGCCAAGGAAGAUGGUCGAUCCAAUUACAGGCAUAUCAACGAAUAAAAAUCUAAGCCCAAUGAAUUACUAUGCGUAUCGUAUAAUGAUUCGUACACAUAAGGAGAAUGUCAUUCUGAAGUACCGUCGGCUAUUCCAGCAAUUCGCGAGACCGAACGUUUAGCGUUCAUCAGAUUCAAUUAGGCAAAGUUACGAUCUGAGGACUAUAUACACUUGUGUGAUGCUAUUCAUUCAGAUGGUGAUGUUCAGAAUAUUGGACGUCUGACGAUUCUCCCAUCAUCGCUCAAGACGCUAUGAUGUACGUGCGAAAUUAUGGAACUCCGGAUUUACUAAGUAUCGAGUUAUUGGUGACACACGUUGUUAUAUGUACUCGCUGCAAUGGCAGAAGCGUGGACUACCGCAUGCUCAUAUCCUAAUUUGGUUACUGAACAAAUUAAAUUCAAAUGAAGUGGAUAACAUCAUAACAGCUGAAAUUCUUGAUCCAGUCACUGAUCCCCAUCUACACGACAUUGUGACGACACAGAUGGUGCAUGGACUGUGUGGUGCAUUAAAUCCAUUAUCGUCUUGCAUGGCUGAUGGAAAGUGCACAAAACGAUAUCCGCGACCGUUAGUCGUCGGCGUUCAAAAGAAGAUAAUGGUCGAACUAUCAAAGUAAAAGUUCAAAUCAAGAGAUUGAGAUCGGAAAUGAAUUCAUUGUACCAUAUUGCACGCUGAUUUCACGAAUUUGCGAAACACAUGCAAACGUUGAGAUCAAAUCAAUCAAAUAUUUGUGCAAGUACGUCACAAAAGGCAGCGACAUGGUUGUGUUUGGUAUUGCGUCGGAAAAUGCGAAUGUCGCAAUCACCAACUUCCAAAUGGGCAGAUACGUCAGUACUAAUGAAGCACUGUGGCGAUUAUUAUCAUUUGAAAUUCAUGAAAGAUAUCCCACAGUUGUACAUUUAGCUGUGCAUUUGGAAAACGGCCAGCGAGUUGAGAGACCACCAUCGACAACAUUGACUAGCUUCUUUGCAAUGUGUGAAGCUGAUUCAUUCGCAGCGACGCUGAUGUACGUUGAAAUGCCCAAGUAUUACACUAAAUAUAUCGAGAAGCAUUUCAACCAGGGAUAAAGGGAUAUCCAACUUAUUCCAGUGUGAGAGCGCCUCAAAAUUUGCGUUUUUUAUAACAUUUUUCAUUAUUACCAGAUCAGACAAAAUACUAAUUUUUGGGCAUUUAAAUUAAAAUACCCAACAUUUAUUACGGCUAAUAAUUAUUUUACACUUAACGAUUAAUAUAAAUAAUAACUAUUUAAAUCUCGGUUAGCGAUGGUAUGGUAUAUUAAACCAACCGGUUUUCAAACUUUCAGUGGUAAAUAAAGUAAAUCAAUACGUAUCAACUGGCAAAUAAUAUUUUUUUCCAUGGAAAACUAAAAUCUCGCUGCUGCAGAUCACAAAACAUUUUUUCAAAUACCUUAAAAUUUCGCGUUUCCUUUUAUAUUUAUUGUUUUAAGUUCUAAUAAGUGAUCUUGCACGGCGGUUAUAAAUGUCUCCGUCGCAUUAUUUUUUGGCAACAUUUCAAUCUGGCCGUCCCUCUUUUCCAAUUGCGAAACGUCAAAACCUCCUCAUCUCGACAAACUGUCAAAGUUUAGGUGGUUUUGACGUUUGAUAUUGCGCUCUCACUUCCAGUGAGAUGAGAGUUGUACAUCUCUUUAUCUCUGAUUUCAACUAUUGGGUUUGCUGGAUUGGGAUUUAACACUUGCGGAUUCAGUUGUUUCAUCAAAUGCGUACCAUAGACGAACGCUGUUCGCAAUUAUCAUCACCACAUGUUUUCCUUCACAACUAAUUCAGUUAUGGAACAAAUACAAAGAUGACAUAUGUGAAGAUAUCUUCCAUCGCUUGCGCCUUCAAACGAAUAAUCCUAACAUUUGUCAUUUCAUUGAUUUUGGCCACUAUUCGAUCAAGAUGUGACAUAGCUUUGGCGUUAGCAUUCUUCUGGAAUUGCGGCGACUCUUCUAGAUGGCGGUCGUACUGCACAUUCUGCGCUUAAGUUGCCACUCAGUGCAACGGAAAUGGGAAAAUUGUUGAUACAAUGCAAGCUCAUUGUUUGGGAUGAGUGCACAAUGGCACAUAAGAAAUCACUUGAAGCACUCAACUUCACACUGAAGGAUCUUCGGCGAAAUAACAACAUCUUUGGCGGCUUGAUGAUAUUGUUGGCAAGCGAUUUCAGGCAGACGUUGCCAGUAGUUCCCCGUGGAACGCCUGUAAAUGAAUUGAAUGCUUGCCUGAAGGCAUCAUCUUUAUGGAAUAACGUAAAAACAUUAUCGCUAACCACUAAUAUGAGAGUUCAACUUCAAAAUGAUCAAAGUGCUGCACAAUUUUCCAAACAAUUGUUAGCUGUUGGAAAUGGAAAAGUCCCAGUUGAUGCGACAUCUGGAUUAAUUACUCUUACCAACGACUUUUGCCGAUUUUUAGACUCUCCAUUAGCUCUUAUUGAAAAUGUUUGGGAACAUUAGUGAGAAUUAUCACAAUUAUGCUUCGUUAAGUCAACGAGCAAUUCUUGCCGCAAAGAAUAACGAUGUACACGCACUGAAUUCCUCCAUUCCAUCAAAAAUUGCUGGCGAUUUGGCGACAUACA